UCCAGUGUGAAAGCGUGUUCAGCCGAUGCCAGUCGGCGGACUUUUGGCAGAAUAUCCGAAAACCUUGUUUAUUUAAAGGCUUGGAAAACUAAACGUGUUUCUCGAUAGAAUUCUUAAGGCCACUGGACUGACGUAGACGUAAAAAAAAUAUUUGAUACAUUUUAUUUAUAUAUAAAGUUGUAGUGUGUCGAAAAAGUGUUAUAAAAAAAGUUUGGAAUGAAAAUCUAUAUCGUCGAAAGCUACAAAUCGAAGUUGCGUUUUGUUUUUGUUAUUGUGUUCGCAUUUUGGAUGGAUACGAAGAGAUUUAGAAUUCAGGAGAGAACGUUGAAUAUUGGAAUUCAGGCUCCCAUUGACUCAUCAAAGAAACCCAUUGUAUGGGUGCUGGGUGGCCCAGGAUCGGGCAAGGGUACCCAGUGUGAGAAGAUCAUAGCCAAGUAUGGCUUCACCCACCUGUCUACUGGUGACCUCCUCAGGGCUGAGGUGAAGAGUGGCUCCGAAAGGGCCAAGAGUCUAACUGCUAUUAUGGAACAAGGUGGACUGGUCCCCAAUGACGUGGUACUGGAACUGCUGAAGGAAGCCAUCAUCGCUCGUGCAGCUGACUCUAAGGGUUUCCUCGUCGACGGCUACCCGCGUGAGAAGUCACAGGGUAUCGCCUUCGAACAAGCCAUCGCACCUGUCUCCGUAAUCAUCUACUUCGAAGCGUCAGCAGAGACUUUGACCAAGAGGCUGCUGGGCCGCGCCGCCAGCUCGGGCCGCGCUGAUGAUAACGAGGAGACCAUCAAGCUGCGCCUCAAGACCUUCCUCGACAACAACCAGCAAGUGCUGGACCAGUACCCUGACAAGAUCAGCAGGAUAAACGCCGAAUCGUCGGUGGACGCCAUUUUUGAAGAGGUACAGAAGAUUCUAGACCCGAUCGUAGCGGCCCCUGCUAUCGACUCAUCAAAGAAGCCCAUCGUAUGGGUGUUGGGCGGCCCAGGAUCAGGCAAGGGCACCCAAUGUGACAAGAUCAUAGCCAAGUAUGGCUUCACCCACUUGUCCACUGGCGACCUUCUCAGGGCUGAAGUGAAGAGUGGUUCUGCUAGGGCGAAGACCCUUACAGCUAUCAUGGAAAAAGGUGGACUGGUCCCCAAUGACGUGGUACUGGAACUGCUGAAGGAAGCCAUCAUCGCUCGUGCAGCUGACUCUAAGGGUUUCCUCGUCGACGGCUACCCGCGUGAGAAGUCACAGGGUAUCGCCUUCGAACAAGCCAUCGCACCUGUCACCGUAAUAAUCUACUUCGAAGCGUCAGCAGAGACUUUGACCAAGAGGCUGCUGGGGCGCGCCGCCAGCUCGGGCCGCGCUGAUGAUAACGAGGAGACCAUCAAGCUGCGCCUCAAGACCUUCCUCGACAACAACCAGCAAGUGCUGGACCAGUAUCCUCAAAAGCUCAAAAGGAUAAACGCCGAAUUGUCUGUCGACGCUAUUUUUGCAGAAGUACAGAAGAUUCUAGACCCGAUCGUAGCGGCCGCGAACUGAAUGCACAACUCAACAUUUUAUACGCUCUGUACAUAAGCCUCUAUUCUACGUUAAUUUUAAUGACUGUUGAUUAAAUCAUGUUUUUAUUUUA